AUGGACAACUACAUGUUCAAGUUCUUUGUGGAUGAGUGCAAGGAGGUGCACGAGGUGACGAGCUAUCUCGAGGUCCUCAACUAUUCUGACACCUUCUACAACUGCGUCGAGGAGCACCCCUUGACGUCUGAUGAGUUUGAGAACUAUCUCAAUGAGAGGGGCGCCUUCCGGGCGCCGGACAAGAUGAAGCCUGACACGAAGCGUCAGAGUGCGAUGCGCCUCGUCCUCCAGAAGAACGCCAAGGACAACGAAACGUUCGCGCCCUUUGUCAUCUCCUUCCCGCGCGCGACGUACAAGUCCAUGGUCGAGACGAUGCGUCUACCCUACCGCGCCAUCGAGGGCACUUCCGUCGUCGGGCCCUUUUUCUGGUGCUCCUACGACCAGGACGACGAGGAUCCGCAUCUGCAGAUCAUCUUUCGCAAGUCGGACGUGCGCAAGAAGGGCAAGACGCGCGGAUGGGAGAUUAUGCUCUCGCACGCGGUCAAGUCGGGGCUCACGACGGGGUUCGUCAAGGGCACCUCGUCGAGCGACAUUGCCGAGUCCAUCACCCAUCUCAAGGCCUGCUCGGCCCAGGUCGGUCACCCGAUGCUGCUGCCCAUCAUCAUCCUGUCGUACGACCUGUCGCCGCGCAACGACCAGAAGCAGCGCGAUGCGCGCGACUGGCUGCGCCGCCUCGAGCACGCCGUCAGCAUGCGCGACGCCAUCGAGGAGAAGGAGGGCUACGUGCGCGAGGACGGCGUCAUGGAGGUCGACGCCAUCAGCCGCGACCUCGUCGAAUGCCACUCGCAGGUGCUGUGGAAGCGACCACAGGCCUACCAGGAGGUUGUCGUGCAGAUGAAGGAGGCAAUGCAAAAGUUCUGGGCACAGCUGCCCGAUGAGCGUAAGGCUGGCGCCGAGGGCGCCCAGCUCGACAAGCUGCACCGCAGCCUUCUAAGCCGUCUCGAUUUCUACACGGCCAAGCUCGUCGGCAUCGAAAACUACCAGGCCACGACGCUCGAGCGCCUCCACAUCCAGCGCAGCGCCCUCUACAACCUGCUCUCGCAGCGCGAGUCCAAGAUUCAGUUCCAGAUGGCCGGCGAGCAGCGCCGCCUCGCUCACGCCAGCAAGCGCGACAGCACGGCCAUGAAGACCAUUUCUCUCCUCGGCGCCAUCUUCCUGCCCGGCACCUUCCUCGCCUCCGUCUUCAGCAUGACCUUUUUCGACUUUGGCGCCGGCGCCGAGACGGUCGUCUCGACCCAGCUGUGGGUCUACUUUGUCAUCACCGUGCCCGUCACGGCCGCCAUUGUUCUCGGCUGGCUGCAGUUUGACCGCCGCCGCGAGGGCCGCUUCAAGCUCGAGGAUGAUGACCUCGAGAAGAACAUUGAGCACAUGGAGGCUGAUAUCAUGGCCAUGAUGCGGAAGCGGACCAUGAGUAAGGCAAAUACGUGGACCUCGGUCACGGCGCCGGUCAAGCCGUAG